AUGCUGUUUAGCAGCGAUUAUUCUGUUUAUCGGGGGGACCGCACUGCGUUGACGAGCACUAAGAAGCGUUCAGGCGAUGUCCUCAUUGCUGUGAAGGAUACCAUCCCGUCCAGUCUAAUUCCGACUAACGUAGACAGCAUUGAGCACGUAUGGGUGUCGUUAAGCAUGUCACAAUGUAAGCUUGUCAUUGGUGCCGUGUAUAUUCCUCCAGAUAAGGCGUCGAAUGUGCAGUUGUCUAAUCUUCAUAUCGACUGUAUGGAAUCAGUAGUCUCACACUUCGGGCAUGAUUCGGUUGCUGUAUUCGGUGACUACAACAGACCUGGACUGCGAUGGAUUCGAAACGAUAAUUCUAGAUGUUGCGUGGAUCUCACAAUAUCAUCUAUUACUCAAUCCAACUCUGUUCUGCUUGACGGCAUGAGCUCCAAUAACAUGUGGCAGAUGAACUGCCUGAAAAACCACUCCGGGAAUACGCUUGAUCUGUUAUUUGUCAAUGAGGAGAUAACUAACUACUUGACUAUUGAUGAAAUUGACAAUCCUCUUGUUCCAACCGACAUCCACCAUCCACCUUCCUCAUGUACAAUCGAAAUUGACAAGCCUUUACUAGAGCUCAAUGACCAUGAAUUUGACGUCGAAGCACUUAACAUCAAGAAAGCUGAUUUCAACAGAUUGGGCCAAUAUUUACCGUCAGUGGACUGGUCGCCAAUGAUCCAGUGUGUAAAUCUGGAUGAUGCUGUCGAGAAGUUCACUCUCAUACUUCAACGCGCUUUCAUCUUAUUCGUUCCACAUCUACGUCCCCCGCAGAAACCACCUUGGUCAAACGCUGAGCUUCGACGUAGGAAUAAACGCUGCAACGCUGCGCAUAAGAUUUACCGAAGAAAUGGUACAUCAACGAACAAAGCGUCGUUUCAAUUCGCCAGCCGUCAAUAUAGAAGCCUGAACCGUCAACUCUAUCGUAAACAUGUGGUCUUUAUGGAACGAAAUUUGAAACGCAAUCCAAAAAGCUUCUGGAAUUUUGUGAAAUCUAAGCGCAAAGAGUCUACACUACCUUCGGCAAUGUAUUUGGAUGAACGAUUGGCUUGCAGCUCUUCGGAUAAAUGUGAGCUUUUUGCUUCCUACUUCAGUUCGAUGUUCAACCCCACCUCUGACAGUGUUGAAGCUGCUCUGGAACUAACUCCUGCUGGGAGCGCUGACGCUGAUACACCUGAAGUAUCACCAGAAGGGAUACGAAAAGCGGUCGAGAAAUUAAAAAUUUCCUAUCAGCCUGGACCUGAUGGAAUUGCAGCGUGUGUUCUGAAAAAAUGCUUCGAACAUCUGGAGCAGCCACUCACUCAUUUGUACAACUUGUCUCUGAGAACUGCAACCUUCCCGACUCGAUGGAAAGCAUCGUUCAUGUUUCCGGUGCAUAAAAAAGGAAGCAAAAACGAUGUCCGGUGUUAUCGGGGCAUCACAUCGCUGAGUGCUUGCUCAAAGCUAUUUGAAAUAAUUAUGUCGGAACACAUGUUUCGUCAGGUGAGACACUACAUUUCCCCGAACCAGAAGUGUCACUACAAAUUUGUGUGA